AUGGACCCGCAUGCUCUCUCUCAACCUCCUAUUCCGCCUCCCAUGGGUGCGCAUGCAGCCCCUUCGCCGUUUGGCGCCGCGCCAUUUCCUCAUGAGCUGAUGCACUACAACCCGAGUGCCUACUAUAACUACCGGGAUCACUAUGCAAUGAUGUCCGGGAUGAUGCCACAGUCCUAUUUUCCUCCUUACGCUCCAGUGCCAUCCCCACCACAGACAGCACAGCCAGCCCCGCCCGCGCAACCUGCGCAGUCAGCCGAGCCUGCGCCAUCUCCUGCACCUGCGGCGCCACCUCCAGACACGGCCACAACUGAAGAUCCGAUUGCGCGGCUGGAGAAAUUGAUCAUGGAUGAACGCAUUGAGCGGCAAAACAAGGAAGCCGAGCGAUUGGCUAAAAUUGAACGUGAGGCGGCGGAGAAAGCGGCUCGAGAGCAGCAGCUGGCCCAUGACCGGAAGAUUGCCGAAGAGGCCGCCGCUUUGGCCCGCGCCGAUGCCGAAAAGAGAGCCUCCGAAGACGCAGCUAAAGCCAAGGAAGAAGCCGAUAAAGCUGCCGCCUCUGCCGCUUCGGAGGCUGCCGCCGCCGCGACCAAGGCGGCUACAGAAGCAGCAGCAGAGGCAGCCAGUGCGGCAGCCAAUGCGGCAGCUGAAGCUGCGAAAAAACCACCCCCUGAGAAAAAGAAGCCCAUCAAAUUCAAAGAUGCAGUGGGAAGAAAAUUCAGCUUUCCCUUUGAACUAUGCGCUACAUGGCAGGGCAUGGAAGAUCUUAUCAAGCAGGCCUUCCUUCAUAUUGAAGUGAUCGGUCCGCAUGUUGCGGAGGGACACUAUGACCUGUUGGGCCCCAACGGCGACAUCAUUCUUCCCCAAGUUUGGGAGACGGUUGUUGAGCCGGACUGGACGAUUACGAUGCACAUGUGGCCCAUACCGGAAAAGCCGAAGGAUCCUGACCCGCCAGCUGCGGCUCCCGCAGCUCCAUCCAAGGACCAAGCAACUUCUGCCGGAGAGCCGAAGAAGAAGACUGAAGGAGGCAACAAGAAACCGCCCCGAAAGCCCGGUGACCCUGGCGGAUUCGCCAAGUGGGUGAUGGGCGGCCGUAACCCCCAAAAGCCGUCAAAACCCCCAAAGCUGAGAAGAAACCCGACCCGGCUCCACAGUGAUGACUCAAUGAAUGGGAGGAAAAUCGCCUGUUGGUGA